AUGAAGGGUAUUUUUGCGUUGUUGUUGGCGAAUAUUUUUAUCGCUACGAACAUAGCUGCUAGUGACAUUUACGUCUACGGUUCAAAUACUCCAAUUUACUAUCCAGAAAAAAAUGGAGCUGGAGUGAAGAUCAACAUGGUAAAAAAUAAAUUCCAAAACAAGAAAGCCCGUAACUCAGGAAAAGCAGAUGCGUUAUUCGUCAAGGUGCUGAUUGCCACAGAGUAUGAUUCUUACCGACAAAACUACGAGGAUGGAUUGAAGCAACAAGCAAAAAACGUAAUCGAUGGAAUGAAUACCAUUUUCUCAACGCUUGGUGCCAAUCGACCUCUUGAAGUUCUACUAAGCGGUCUCGUCGUGAUGAAGACUCCGGGUUUAUACGAACCAACCUCACGUGCAAGUGUACAUGAUAUGGAACCUUUGAAGAAUAACCGUCUGACUGAUAAAUAUCGGGCCGAAGCAAUAGUCAAAGGUCGCAGAGAUGAACACUUUCGGGAAGCAAUCCCAGAGUUAGAGAAAUUCGCCGCUUGGUUAGAAGACAACAAGGACCAAUUCGAAUCUUUUGAUGCCAAUGUAAUCCUAUACAUAUCUCCAUAUUAUUUGAGUGACAACAAUUCGAACAAAACAAAGGCGAAGUUAGUGAUGGGUCUAGCACAAACUUCGAAAAUAGUUUGCUCGUCCAAACCAAUUGUGCUUGUCAGUGAUUUGAUUGGAGAUUCUAACGCCAUCUAUGCAAUGGCUGUUUCUUACGCAUUGGGAGUCUCGCAUAAUGACGACAAAUCGGACUACCCCUAUUUCACGGGUAGUAUCAUCGUUCGUGACUCUAAAAAGGAGGAAUGGAGAAAGAAAGCCGUCGAAGUUGUCCAAAAAAACUAUGGACACAGUAAAUAUGAAUGUUUGAAGCCAACACAAUCAAGUGAUGAUUAUGAUAAUGAGUGA